AUGGCCAAGGAGUGCCUAGAAGAGCACAGGGAGGAGCUGAGCGAGGGGUGCAGGUCUGAGAUUGAUGGCAUGAUCGAGCGCCGCGUGCGGGACUUCAAGCUCGACAGCCGCCUGCGCACCGCCUGCGAGAACGACAUCUACGACACCUGCGCGUACCUGGGUGACGUGGACUCUGUGGGCUCCUAUGAGUCGACGGUCAUCAACUGCCUGCAGGACUAUUCUAGCGAGAUCAAGGGCGAUGAGUGCAGGGCACAGGUCAAGAAAUAUCUCAAGCUCGCCGCCUCCGACAUCCGCUUCGACGUGCCGCUGGCCGACGCCUGCUACGAUGACCGCAAGGCAUUCUGUGGCAACGUGCCGCCGGGCUCUGCCGCCGUGAUCCGGUGCCUGCAGUCCAUGCGUGAGAAGCUCACCAUCAACUGCCGCGCCACCCUUUUUGAUGAGGAGGUGCGGUUCUCUGAGAACAUCGACUUCCAGUACCCCAUGAAGCAGGCGUGCUCCAAGGAGAUCGGGCUCUUCUGCGCCAAGGUGCCGCACGGCAACGCGCGCGUCAUACGGUGCCUCCAGGAGCACAAGGCCGACGCAUCCUUCGGCCAGCCCUGCCUGCAGGAGGUCUCCCACUAUGAGCAGUCCAUAACCAAGGACUACCGCCUCAACUACCGCCUCCCGUGA